AGGACCGGCCCAGCCAGGCAGCGCGGCGCAUCAGGGAGCAGGCUCGGAUCGCUCCAGCCCCAUGGACCGCCCAAAGCUAACAGGAUCCCUUAUCUAUGCUGUUUCCAUUGCCGCAAUUGGAUCGCUCCAGUUUGGCUACAACACUGGAGUCAUCAAUGCUCCUGAGAAGAUUAUUCAGGAGUUCUUCAACCAGACAUUGUCAGUUCGGAGAGGGACCCCAGUCUCUGAUGAGCUCCUCACCUCACUAUGGUCCCUUUCUGUGGCCAUCUUCUCUGUAGGAGGAAUGAUCGGCUCCUUCUCCGUUGGCCUUUUUGUCAACCGAUUCGGCAGGAGGAACUCCAUGCUAGGGGUGAACAUCCUGGCCCUGGCGGGAGGAAUACUCAUGGGCUUCUCCAAGCUGACAGGUGCAGUGGAGAUGCUAAUCAUAGGCCGCUUCAUCAUUGGCAUCUUCUGUGGGCUCUGCACUGGCUUUGUGCCCAUGUACAUCAGCGAAGUCUCACCCACUGCCUUGCGUGGUGCCUUUGGCACCCUGAACCAGCUGGGUAUUGUGGUGGGCAUCUUGGUGGCACAGAUCUUUGGCUUGAACCAGAUCAUGGGGACCAAAACACUCUGGCCACUGCUUCUGGGGUUCACCAUCAUCCCAGCCAUCUUGCAGUGUGUGGCUCUGCUUUUCUGCCCGGAGAGUCCCCGUUACCUGCUGAUCAACAAAAUGGAAGACGAUAAAGCAGAAGCAGUUCUCCAGAAGCUCCGUGGCACAUCGGAUGUGAGCCAAGACAUCCAAGAGAUGAAGGACGAGAGUGCCAAGAUGUCUCAGGAAAAGAAGGUGACGGUGCCAGAGCUCUUCCGGUCUCCGAGCUACCGCCAGGCCAUCAUUGUUGCCAUUGUGCUUCAACUCUCCCAGCAGCUCUCAGGCAUCAAUGCUGUGUUUUAUUAUUCCACUGGGAUUUUUGAAAAAGCUGGUAUCACCCAGCCAGUUUAUGCCACCAUUGGUGCCGGGAUUGUGAACACUGUCUUCACUGUUGUAUCGCUGUUCCUGGUUGAGCGUGCAGGGCGCAGGACCCUCCAUCUAGUCGGCUUGGGUGGCAUGGCUGUUUGCGCAGCCAUCAUGACCAUUGCUUUGGCACUGAAGGACAUCGUGACCUGGAUUAGGUACAUCAGCAUUGUGGCUACCUUUGGCUUUGUGGCUCUUUUUGAAAUUGGCCCUGGCCCCAUCCCCUGGUUUAUUGUGGCUGAACUCUUCAGUCAGGGCCCACGCCCAGCAGCCAUGGCAGUGGCUGGUUGCUCCAACUGGACCUCCAAUUUCCUGGUGGGGAUGCUCUUCCCUUAUGCUGAGAAACUGUGCGGUCCCUAUGUCUUCCUCAUCUUCCUUGUUUUUCUGGUUAUCUUCUUUGUCUUCACAUUCUUCAAAGUCCCAGAGACCAAGGGCAGGACUUUUGAAGACAUCUCCAGGGGCUUUGAAGGGCGGCCAGAAGAAGUUAGACCUACAUCACCUGUGGAAAAAAGCCCCAUGGUGGAACUGAACAGCAUACAGCCUGCUAAGGAAGCUUUCUAAGAUAUUUCACACCAUUCCUUGACCCAUUUUUCAUCCUUAAAGGGGUAGGCAGAGAGUCCUUAAAGGAAUGGGCCAAUGGAUACAUAAGGAGAAUAUCUGGGACAAUUUUUUAACUGCUGCUAUUUUAUUCUCCCCUUCCCAUUCCCACCAACCCUGUUUCUGCCAAACCUUGCAGUCAGUUAGCAAGUCCCAUGUGGGGAAGAUCUCACCCACUUUCAACACUGGAAGGUACCAGGCGCUACAGCAAAAAUAACCUCAUCUUCACCUGCCUUGCAUCUAAGGAGACCAGAGAACAGAGGGCAAUAUUUUUGCCUCUCUCACCUUUAAUUGCUACUAGGAAUUAACCUAUUUAUGCACAUAGCAAUCACUUAAUUUUUGGAACUGAUUAUUUUUGUAUAGUGAGGUAAAACAACCAAACAAGUCCCCUGUUCCUUCCCACUUCUAUUCCACUGCGCGUAUACAUGUGCAUGGUGUUACACUGGAACGUAACAAACUUACCAAAAUGCAAAAAGCCAUCACAUUGUAUUGUUUGUCCAGUGAACACUACUCUCAGCCUCAGGAAAAGGGGACCAAGUUACGAGAGCAUUUUUUUCUUUUCUUUUUGUACAAAUUGUUUGAGAUGUAAUAUGACCUGAAUUUUAUUUAUUGGUGUGUCACUUUGUUUGUAAAUAUUUAUUUUUUUAACAUAAAGAUGACAAAGUGGAAGAUGUUUGAGAUAAAUAAGAUAACUCUGCAAAAUGAUGCUAUCGACUUUAAGUGCAAUAAAACUGUAAUGAGAGAAUAUGGUACCAAA